CGACAUCACACGCCGGAACCAGCCCGGAGCCGAUCCCAGCCGAUCCCGAGCUGAUCCCGAGCCAGCGCCGUCGGAGCCGGUCCCGAGCCGGUCCCCAGCCAGCGCCGUCGGAGCCGGUCCCGAGUGAGCCCAGCCGCCCAGAUGGAGCGCCCGCAGCCCGACAGCAUGUCCCAGGAUUUGUCAGAGGCCCUGAAGGAGGCCACCAAGGAGGUGCACACCCGGGCAGAGAAUGCCGAGUUCAUGCGGAACUUUCAGAAGGGCCAGGUGACUCGGGAAGGCUUUAAGCUGGUGAUGGCCUCCCUGUAUCACAUCUACAAGGCCCUGGAGGAGGAGAUUGAGCACAACAAGGCAAACCCGGUCUACGCGCCCCUCUACUUCCCGGAGGAGCUGCACCGCCGGGCGGCCCUGGAGCAGGACCUGACCUUCUGGUACGGGCCCCGCUGGCAGGAGGCCAUCCCCUACACACAGGCCACCCGGCGCUACGCGCAGCGGCUCCACGAGGUGGGGCGCAGGCAGCCCGAGCUGCUGGUGGCCCACGCCUACACCCGCUACCUGGGGGACCUGUCGGGGGGCCAGGUGCUCAAGAAGAUUGCCCAGAAGGCUCUGGACCUGCCCAGCUCUGGCGAGGGCCUGGCCUUCUUCACCUUCCCCAACAUCGACAGCGCCACCAAGUUCAAGCAGCUGUACCGCUCCCGCAUGAACUCCCUGGAGAUGACCCCCGAGGUCAAGGGGAGGGUCAUCGAAGAGGCCAAGACCGCCUUCCUGCUCAACAUUCAGACUCCACGCCCACGGAGACCCCCAGAGGGAAGGCCAGUGUCUUCUCCCAGGCACCCCUCAUCCGAUGGGUCCUCACACUCAGCUUUCUGGUGGCAACGGUUGCCAUGGGGCUUUACGCCAUGUGAGCGCAAUGUGUCGGCUCCUGGGCCGUGGACUCUCUUUCUAGAGAAGGCAGAUCCCGAGGGCAUGAGGAGCUGUCCGCUCCUCCCGUGCCCCCAUGCUCCCCUCUCUCUGGCAAGGAGGAAGGAGUCGGCGCCGUCUUCCCAACCAAAAGCACAUCCAGCCGAUGACGCGAACCUCCAUACGGACCGAGGGGUCCUCCUGGGCCCUCGGACACCCCCUCCCCCCUCUCCGUUCCUGCAGCAGAGCCCAGAAGACGUGGCCAGAAGAAGUAGCAACCGCCCAAACCUCCAAGGCCCCGGGCUCACGGUCUGCUUGUUGACGUGCCUGACCCUGACCGUGCCCCGUGGGCCCUUUUCACAUACGUGUGCCAGGAUGUUGUGUCUUUGUCUUGUUUUUGUUGGAGCUGCUUUGUGUUCCCAGCUCAGCCUGCCUGUGGUAUUUUGUUGUGUUCCGUUAUAAUAGCAGGGUUGGGGUGGGUUUGGGGGAAGGGAAGGGAGUUGGGGGAGGGGUUUAACAGCACUGUGGCCUUGGUCUCUAACUUUGUGGAAUAAUAAACUGCAUUGC